UAAACACUCUUGUCUCCGGUCAGAUUCACUUUCAUUUCCUUGUUUAAAAGUAUCCAAACAAAGGGUAGAACUCCCAAAAUCCCUGCAUCUGUUUCUCCUGCAAGUAUAGCGUUCAAUUUCACGGGGAGACUGUCACUGACCGUGCUUCCGAUUGGACAGUAGGGAUCCGGGGAAAUUAAAGCCAAGGAAAACAAAAAUGUCCUCAUCGUCGAGCAGUGGUUUAACAUUCAAGCUACACCCACUUGUCAUAGUUAACAUCUCCGAUCACUAUACGCGGGUCAAAUCUCAGAUGAACCCUCCCGUUACCUCCACCGCCACCACCUCCUCCUCUAGUACUACUACUAACAACAGCAACGGCUCCGGCGAUGGUGGUGUCACUGCUGUUUCAGCUGCAGCACCGCCACCCAGAGUGUACGGAUGCGUUAUAGGAGUGCAGAGGGGACGCAUCGUUGAGAUCUUCAACAGUUUUGAGCUUCUUUAUGAUCCCGUCACCCACUCCCUAGACCGAGCUUUCCUUGAGAAGAAACAAGAGCUCUAUAAGAAGGUUUUCCCCCACUUUUACAUACUGGGAUGGUAUUCAACGGGUAGUGACGCUGAGGAAUUCGAUAUGCAUAUUCACAAGGCUUUGAUGGAUAUUAAUGAAAGCCCUGUUUAUGUUCUACUUAAUCCUUUAAUCAAUCCGGCCCAGAAGGAUCUGCCUGUGACUAUAUAUGAAAGUGAGCUACAUGUCAUAGAUGGCAUUCCACAGCUUAUCUUUGUUCGUUCAAGUUACACAAUUGAGACAGUAGAAGCUGAAAGAAUCUCAGUUGAUCAUGUGGCGCAUCUUAAGCCAUCUGAUGGAGGCUCGGCAGCAACACAAUUGGCUGCUCACCUUACUAGCAUACAUAGUGCCAUCAAAAUGUUGAAUAGCAGAAUUAGGGUGCUUCAUCACUAUCUUGUUGCAAUGCAGAAAGGUGAAAUUCCUUGUGAGAACUCAUUAUUAAGACAAGUAUCAAGCCUUUUAAGAAGAUUGCCAGCCAUUGAAUCCGAAAAAUUUCAAGAUGAUUUCUUGAUGGAAUACAAUGAUACAUUAUUGAUCACAUACCUGGCCAUGUUUACUAACUGCUCAAGCACAAUGAAUGAGCUAGUUGACAAAUUCAACACUGCCUAUGACAGGCAUAGUCGAAGGGGUGGACGAACUGCUUUUAUCUGAAACUUUUUAUAGCUCUUGUAUGGAAGUAAAUGUUGAUUUCAUAACCAUUCAAGGAUUAAGUGCUUUCUUUUUUCUUAAAUGUGCAUAGCACAUAGAAUCUCAGGAAUUAUAAUUCCUAGAAACUGAACAAUUCAAAAAGUAGAAAUCGAUUGCUUGUGUUUUCUUGCUUUUAUUA